GGAUUUUGAAGGAGAGAGACGAUAAAGGGUCUGGGAGCUUUCCUCUCUUUCAAGCUUGGCAGGCAUGGCAAGGAAGGCUUCGAGGGAUUAAAUAUAAAAAAUAAAAAAUAAAGGCAAGAAAAGCAACCAAACAAAAACCACGUGGACAAUCCCCCUCUCUCAUGUACUCAGAGAUUCCCCUCACAAGCAAUCAAGCAAGCAGGUGGUGGGAACAAAGAAAGAUAGCGAUAGAAGAGUAAAGAAAGGUGCAGCGCUGGUAAUUGGGGGGUAGGGUUUGAUUCUGAUUUCUGAGACCUAUCCAUCGCCCCCUGAAAAACAUGGACGAUGAAGUUGUUCAGCGGGUUUUCCAAGAAGGAGGCCGGGACUACUUUCAACAACAGCCCUCCACUUCCGCCUCCUCCUCCUCCUCUUCCAUCCUUCAAUCCCUCCCUCUCCAUGUGGCCUAACUAAUAGAUGGUUUGAUAUGGUGCAGUCAUUCGAUCAUGGCUAUUAUUUAUUAGUAAAAUCUAUCCAAGAACUGCGAGAGAAAAAAGGUAUUGUCACAGUUGGCAUUGGUGGUCCAAGCGGUUCUGGUAAAACAAGCUUAGCAGAAAAGGUGGCAUCUGUUAUUGGUUGUACUGUUGUAUCCAUGGAGAACUAUCGUGUUGGAGUUGAUGAAGGGAAUGAUCUGGAUUCCAUUGAUUUUGACACGCUAGUCCGAAAUCUUGAGGAUUUGACAAAAGGCAAAGAUACAUUGAUCCCGGUUUUUGAUUAUCAACAAAAGAGACGUGUUGGUUCAAAAUCAAUAAAGAGUGCUUCAUCUGAGGUGGUGAUAGUUGAUGGGACCUAUGCUCUACAUGCAAAACUGCGCUCUUGGCUCGAUAUUCGGGUUGCAGUGGUAGGUGGUGUUCAUUUCAGCCUUCUUUCUAAAGUUCGAUAUGAUAUUGGGGAUUCUUGUUCGCUUGAUUACCUCAUUGACAGUAUUUUCCCAUUGUUUAGAAAGCACAUUGAACCAGACCUUCAUCAUGCACAGAUUAGAAUUAACAACAGCUAUGUCUCAUCAUUUAGAGAGGCAAUCUACAAGUUGAAAUGCAGACAUGAGUCUCCAGAUGGACAUGCUGCAUAUGCAUUUCAAGGAAAUGACCCACAAACAGACAAUUUUAUUGAGAUGUACCUUAGACCUCCUUCGGCAAGUGAGGAAGCACGGAUAAAUGAUUGGAUUAAGGUGCGACAAUCUGGUAUUAGAUAUUAUCUAUCACUUGGUGACCAAAGGAUUGUUGACAAAAUAUACAUCAUCAGGCCUAAAGCUGAAUUUGAGGUUGGUCGGAUGACUUUAGGUGGGUUGCUGGCUUUGGGGUACACUGUGGUAGUCAGUUAUAAAAGAGCAUCUACAUCAGUCAAUAAUGGCAAUCUUUCCCUGUCACUUGAAACCAUUGAUACUCUUGGUGAGACAUUCAUGGUGCUGAGGGGCACGGAUAGGAAAACUGUGGGAGAGGAAGCGUUGAGAAUGGCCAUCAAUGGACCUUGGAUCACCAAAUCAUAUUUGGAAUUGAUUCUUGAUAGAAAAGGUGUACCUCGCCUUAAUUCACCACCACCUUUGUUUAAUACAUCUCCAACUAGUAAUCAAGAAAGGGUGAUUGUAACUCCCAGGCCAAUUCGUGUUACUUCUUCAAACCUUGCCACUCGCAUUGAGGAUCUAUCUCAACCAUGGACUCGAUCACCAACUAAAUCUAAAAUGGAACCUGUAGUAGCAGCAUGGCAUUUCAUCUCAUUAGAUCCUUCCCAUUCUGAUCGCUCAGUUGUUGAUCCUGCCUCUUUCAGGGAUACCAUAAAGCUCGCUCCAAUGCCAGAUUCAUAUGACUUGGAUAGAGGAUUGCUUCUUUCUGUUCAAGCAAUCCAGGCUUUGUUGGAGAAUAAAGGUCUCCCAGUUAUAGUUGGAAUUGGUGGUCCAAGUGGGUCUGGGAAGACUAGUUUGGCUCAUAAAAUGGCAAACAUUGUUGGCUGUGAAGUAGUUUCCCUUGAAAGCUAUUAUAAAUCUGAACAAGUGAAGGAUUUUAAGUAUGAUGACUUCAGCUCUCUUGACUUAUCUUUACUUUCAAAGAAUAUUGGUGAUAUAAGAAAUGGUCGAAGAACAAAAGUGCCCACAUUUGACUUGGAGACUGGUGCUCGGAGUGGCUUCAAAGAACUUGAAGUUUCUGAAGAUUGUGGAGUGAUCAUUUUUGAAGGGGUUUAUGCUUUGCAUCCUGAUAUUCGAAAAUCACUCGACCUGUGGAUUGCUGUUGUUGGCGGUGUUCAUUCACAUUUGAUUUCUCGAGUUCAAAGGGAUAAAAGUAGAGUUGGGUGUUUUAUGUCCCAAAAUGAGAUCAUGAUGGCAGUGUUUCCAAUGUUCCAGCAGUACAUUGAACCACAUCUCGUUCAUGCACAUGUUAGUAGACUUGGAACCAUAUGGAAUGUGUGUGUUUGUUUCCUUCUUGUAUCAUUUGUCAAAAUUCGAAAUGACUUUGAUCCUGUCCUUUCCCCCGAGAGCUCGUUGUUUGUGUUGAAGAGUAAUAAGCAAGUUCCUUAUCAAGAUAUUUUGAAAAUUCUUGAUCCAGAGAAGUUUUGCAGUUCUGUCCAGAAUUUUAUUGACAUAUAUUUGAGGCUUCCUGGAAUUCCCACUAAUGGGCAGUUGACAGAGAGUGACUGCAUACGCGUCAGAAUAUGUGAGGGCAGAUUUGCAUUGCUGAUUCGGGAGCCAAUAAGAGAAGGGAACUUCAUCAUUCAACCCAAAGUGGAUUUUGAUAUCAGCAUCAGUACAGUUUCUGGUCUUAUUAACCUUGGGUAUCAAGCUGUAGCUUAUAUAGAAGCAUCUGCAUUCAUUUAUCAAGAUGGAAAGAUCCUGAUUGAGGUUGAUCAUCUACAAGAUGCUCCUAGUCCUUACCUACAAAUUAAAGGUGUUAAUAAAGAGGCUGUAGCUGCUGCUGGUUCUAUGCUUGAACUGGAUGGCUCAUAUACUACGAAGAGUUAUCUUCAAAUAAUUUUGGAGAGAUUACCAGCAAUCGAAAGAAGUUCCAGUGGAAUUAACCCUCAGCAAGCUGCAAGGCUGCAGGAACUCGUGGAAUUUAUUCAAUCUCAGGGUAGCAGUUCUGCUUCAGAAUCCUCACCAUGUCGGGAGGUAUCUCCAAUAGAUGGGAUUAUCGAAGACAUGCAAUCCAGGAUUAAAAGGCUUGAACGGUGGCACACCAUCAAUACGGUGCUUUGGACCUUCCUGAUGUCUGCCCUUGUCGGUUAUUCACUUUACCAAAGGAAGCGCCAAUAAUGGCGUUUUUAACUUUGAAGAUAGUUUACACAUUCUAUCAUAGUUCAUUUCUCCAUACGGUCUUGAAAAGAGCCUUAAUCUCCUUCCAUAGGUGCUAAUUAAUUUAUGGAAUCAUUGAGUUCUCAAAGAAUCUUCCCAAAUUUAAAUCCCUUUACAUUUGGUGUUGCAUUUUAAAGCCUACUGUAUAGUUACUCCCUUCACGGAAUUAAAUCUAUUUAAAGGAAAUGAGAAUUAAGUGAAGAAUGUAGAGCAAA